CAGGUGUCUCCAGGUGCACCCAGGUGACUCCAGGUGUGCCCAGGUGUCUCCAGGCGCGCCCAGGUGCGCCCAGGUGUGCCCAGGAUGAUGUGCGAGGUGCUGCCCACCAUCAGCGAGGACCCGCGGCGGGGCUCGGGCGCGGCCGAGGAGCCGGGGCUGGAGCAGCUGAUGGUGCAGAUGCUGCGGGAGCGCGAGCGGCUGCUGGAGACGCUGCGGGACACGCAGGAGGGGCUGAACACGGCGCACCUGCGGCUGCGCGACCUGGCCCACGAGCGGGACCUGCUGCAGCGCCAGCUCAACUGCGCCCUGCCCCAGGAGCUGGCGGCGCUGACCAAGGAGCUGAACCUGUGCCGGGAGCAGCUCCUGGAGCGCGAGGAGGAGAUCGCCGAGCUCAAGGCCGAGCGCAACAACACCCGCCUGCUGCUGGAGCACCUGGAGCACCUGGUGUCGCGCCACGAGCGCUCUCUCCGCAUGACCGUGGUCAAGCGCCAGGCCCAGUCCCCGGCCGGGGUCUCCUCCGAGGUCGAGGUGCUCAAGGCCCUCAAGUCGCUCUUCGAGCACCACAAGGCCCUGGACGAGAAGGUGCGGGAGCGGCUGCGGGUGGCCCUGGAGCGCGUGGCCGUGCUCGAGGAGGAGCUGGAGGUGUCCAACCAGGAGUCGCUGUCCCUCCGGGAGCAGCUGUCCCUGUUGGCGGAGCUGGAGGCGUCGCUGGGCCGGCAGCGCGUGGCCGCCCUGUGCCGCCAGCUGGGCCGGCUGCAGGACGAGGCCAACGCCGCCCAGAGGGAGCUGGCCCGGGCCCACGAGGCGGGGGCCAAGCUCCAGAGGGACCUCAAGGAGGCGCUGGCGCAGCGCGAGGACAUGGAGGAGCGCAUCACGACGCUGGAGCGGCGCUACCUGAGCGCGCAGCGCGAGGCGACCUCGCUGCACGACGCCAACGACCGGCUGGAGAACGAGCUGGCCAGCAAGGAGAGCCUGUACAGACAGAGCGAGGAGAAGGGCCGGCAGCUGCAGGAGUGGCUCGAGGACGCCAAGGCCAAGCUGCAGCUGACCCUGCAGAAAGCCGAGACGCUGCCCGAGAUCGAGGCCCAGCUGGCCCAGAGGGUGGCGGCGCUCACCAAG